AUGGCAACUUCAAGGUUCAUUAAUAUUGAAAGAAGGCUUCAGCGAGAUGAACAGUUACGAGUGGAGUAUGUAAAAUUCAUGAAGGAGUACCUUGAUAUGGGGCAUAUGCGAGAAGUGACGACCCAGGAAGAAUUGUUUAAAAAGGGAUACUAUUUACCACAUCGACCGGUGCUGAAGUCUUCGAGUCUUACAACCAAGACACGAGUAGUCUUCGAUGGUUCAGCAAGAACUACAUCCGGAUUGGCACUAAAUGAUGUACUCAUGCGUGGGCCUACAGUCCAAGAAGAUAUUUUCUCAAUUCUAGUUAGGUUUCGGAAACAUCAGUACGUAAUCACGGCUGAUAUUGAAAAAAUGUUUCAGCAAAUAAUGAUAGCGCCAGAAGAUCGUCACUUACAAAGAAUACUUUGGCGUGCAAAUCCAAGUGAAAUGCUCCGAACCUACAAUCUGUUGACAAUUACAUAUGGUACGACACCCGCAUCCUUUAUGGCCACGCAAUGUUUAGUUACGCUUGCUAAAGACAUAGAAAAGGAGAAUCCAAAGGUGGCGGAAGUAAUAAACAGGGACUUUUACAUGGAUGAUCUUAUGACAGGUUGUGAUACGGUAGAAGAAUGUAUGCAGUUACAAAGGCAUAUAACCGUGAUUUUGGAAUCUGCAAAACUACCAUUGAGAAAGUGGUGUUCGAAUUCUCAUUUGAUCAUUGCCAACAUAAGUGUGAACCAAAAGGAUCCUUUUUUCGCUUUAAAUCUAGGUGAUGAGGAUACUGUUAAGUCUUUAGGGCUAUGCUGGCAACCAGCACCUGAUCAGUUCAAGUUUAAUAUUUCGAUUCCUUUAGAUAAAGUAGCACUGACAAAGCGAAAGUUGCUAUCAGAACUAAAUAGGGUGUUCGAUCCUUUGGGAUUCUUGGGUCCUGUCCUCAUCAAAGGCAAGAUUUUUCUUCAACAUCUCUGGCAGCAAAAAAUAGAUUGGGAUGCACCACUACAGUCAGAUAUUCAAGAAAAAUGGAGAAGUUACUACUCUGGACUAGAGUUACUUAAGGAACUUUCUAUUCAUCGUAAGUGCAAGUUCCAAUCUGGUGACCAAUUUGAAGUGCAUGAAUUUUGUGAUGCGUCAAUGGAAGCUUACGGAGCGUGCAUAUACAUACGGAGUUCAGAUCAUCAAGGCAUAUGGCACGCACGCUUGCUUUGUUCGAAAACUAGAGUAGCACCACUCAAGUCAACAACAAUUCCAAGACUAGAGCUAAGCGGAGCACUUCUCUUAGCUCAGUUAGCAGCUAAGGUAGCAGACUCUUGA